UGUCAGUGUUCGGCUACACCCAAAGCCUGUGGUUGAUAACGCGUUGCUAUCAGCGCGUAGCGCAAAAAACAUUCUUAUAACGUGUGUGUUCAAUCUCCCCAUUUUUGUGCUUACAGUUCUAAAAAUGUACGUACAGCUGAGCAGACCUCAUUUUACAAACGUUUGAAUUUACAGUUUACGGUUUAGAUUCGUUAGAAUCUCAAUUGACUAAUGGGACCAAAAGAGAUAUAGGAGACAAAUUGUCUAGACUGAUAAGCGAAACUUGAUAUAUAGUACUGUACCCAAAGCUUUCUCGCGAAAAUGGGAGAUAAAGACUCGAUAACGGAAGUUGCUAAAAACGGGACCAAAUGUGAUAAAGAUGAAAAAUCAACCACUGUCUUGAAAAAGAACAGAAAGUGUUCAAUAACAGCUCCAGUGAAGAAGGUCGUCACAGUGCUGGCUCCUAAAGAGGAGCUGGUGGCCUCAACGCCGAACGAGCGGAACUGGCGUGGCAUGGCGAUUGCUCUUCUAGUGAUCGUCGUAGUCCUGGGUCUGAUCGUGCUCUCAAUUGUGCUCCUCUCGCCUCCCGACGAUGGACCUCGCCUGCUGGGUGCGAAGCUCUCCCUGGAGCAGCUGGCAGCCGGCCACCUGGUGGCUCCUGCACUCAACGCAACCUGGGCCACGCACACCGAUCUCGUGUUCCGAGACGCGGCCGGUGGUCUCACGCUCUACAACGCUGAAAACCGCUCAGUUCGCCUGCUUAUGACCAACUCAACCUUCCGACAGCUCAAUGCCGUGGAUUAUCGACUGUCCAGCGACUUGAAGUUCGUAUUGCUGAUCUCCGACGUCCGAAAGCAUUACACGAAUACGAUUGAGGCCAGAUAUCACAUUUUUGAGGUUUCAACACAGAAUCGCUUUGGACUUGGACCGAGCGAGUUGGUGAAUAGGGGGGAAGUGGAGCCCCCCCUCUUGCAACAUGCCGCCUGGAGCAGUGUGGGCCACAGUUUGGUGUUUGUGUACCAGGGCGAUGUUUACUAUAGGCCGGAUCCGCAUAAACAUUUCGCACAUCGAAUUACUCACUCGGGCGAGAGCUCGCCUGCUAUAACCAAUGGCAUUGCAGACUGGCUGUAUCAAGAGGAAGUAUUCAAAGAUGGAGUGGCAGUUUGGUUUUCAAGAGAUAGCUCUCAUCUGGCAUUUGCAACGUUCAAUGAUACGUUGGUCGGGCAACUGAAAUUCCCUGUAUAUGGACCAAAACUGCUCUAUCCUGUUCAGAAAACGCUGCGGUAUCCCAAGCCUGGAACGGUUAACCCCACUGUCACCGUCUACGUUGUCAAUUUGACAGCACUGAGCGAGAAAAAAAAGGAAAACAUCAACCAUUUUCAUCUCAGACCAUCAGAAAAUGUGAUGUCUCUACAUAGAACACCAUACCUCAUUAGUGUAACAUGGGGACCUGGUUUGAGAAUAGCCGUUGUCUGGUUGAAUCGGCGACAGAAUGCAUCAACGAUUGUCAUCUGUGCGGCUCCUAAAUGGAUUUGUGAAGAUUCUCACGUUGAAAGGAGUGAAGACGGUUGGCUUGAGCCAAGUCCUGUCUGGUUUUCGGACGAUGCAUCUUCUCUACUCACACGCGUUCCCGUGCGUGAUGGAGAGGCUGGCUACUAUUCACAUGUGUGUCACAUACGUCUCGACACACGACAGAAGACGCCACUCACACACGGCCAACUCACCGUUACAGAUAUUCUUGCAUGGGACCACGUUAGUCAUCAAGUCUAUUUCCGAGCCGCUCCUGAAGGGAAACCAGGGCAAAGACACAUUUACAGGGUACUUGAUAACGUUAAUUCGACUGAAAAUUCACAAUGGCAGUGUUUAACUUGCCAGAUUUAUUUUGAUAACUCAACGUCAGCUAAUUCAACUAAUUCAACUGCUCUCAACAGCACAAUAGAUUGGGAAAUGUGGCCAGUGCAGUCUUCGAGUUGUCUAUAUGUCUCCGCUAUUUUUUCUCCGGGCCCGAGACCCAAGUUCUAUUUACUCCAAUGUCUAGGUCCAGAUGUGCCGUCUCUGAUCCUCAUGAACACAGUUUACAACACGAAAAUAGCGACGCUCGAUUCUAACUCAUUGUUGUCUGAAAGGUAUCAAGCUAUUGCUCGUCCACAGGUCAAAACCUUUUCAGUUGAAGUUGAAUCCGGAUUUCAUGCUCAAGUACGACUGCUACUGCCAUCAGGACUCAGAGAAUUUGAAGACAUGGUAUUUCCCCUGAUUUUACAUGUAGGUAACCUGGGCUCUCAGGCAGUGGACGAGAGAUGGCAAGUGGACUGGAGCACCUACCUGGUGAGUGGCCGCAACUUCAUAGUCGCAGAGGUGGAUGGAAGGGGCUCUCCCAUGCAGGGCGAUCGCAUCAAGCAUGCGCCACUCAAUCGCAUCGGAUCUCUGGAUGUCGACGACCAAAUCGCUGUUAUCACGUAUUUGAGGGACAACUUGAAAUUCAUCGAUAGAGAGAAAAUGGCUGUUUGGGGAGAAGGUUAUGGUGGCUUUGCAACGGCAAUGAUACUCUCGCAGGACCCCUGGUUAUUCAGCUGUGGAAUGGCUAUCUCUCCAAUAGUCAGCUGGGCACACUACAAUUCAAUGUGGACGGAACGUAUCAUGGGAACUCCUAAUGUGACUGAUAAUUACCGCGGAUAUGAGGAAUCUGAUGUGUCGAAACGUGCUGGCAACCUGAGAUCAAAACCUCUUCUCCUGGUCCAUGGAACAGCUGAUGAGCGAGUGCCCUAUCAACACUCCAUGAUACUCGUCAGAGCAUUGGUCGAUGUUGGAGCGCUCUUCAGGCAUAUGACGUAUCCAGAUGAGGGACAUGACUUGAAUGGGGUUCGCACUCAUCUUCACCAUGCUAUGGAAUCGUUUCUUGAUGACUGCUUUGGACCACUUGAUUUCGCCGACUGGGAAGUCGGUACUGGUUUCUUUUCUUUACGUCAAUAGCAGCUACAUAAUGACUGCAUGUCGGAGUCGACUGAUGGUGACUGCGAAUACUGAACCCUCAUCAGUAUCAGUAUCAGUGCAGGCGUCAGUCAUCACACAAACGUCGGUAACAUCGAGAUCAACCUAUCUCCUAGAUAAAAAAUGUGCUGAAUGUUAUCUUCUGCGUGCCUAAUAGUUUGUUGUGUAUAUUAAGUAGGUGUUGCUUCCUUAAUCUCCAAAAUCCCGCAGCGCUAACUCACAUAGCCUGCUGAAAUAACCUCAAUACAAAUGAAAUAUUCCUCUUACAACCAUUAAUCCGGUUUGUAGAUUUCAUCGGAAAUUUACUGCAACUCCGAUAUUGCAGUUCAUGAUAAAUGAUCCCCAUGAGUGCUCGACGAGCUUGAUGUAUAAUUGUCGUAUUCUAGAAUUAAGGCCAUAUUUAUUGUGCAUAUUUGCAUGCUGUGUGCAUGAGUGGGUAAUUUAAGCUCCUCUCCCCUUUAUAAAGAUCUCUAGCCUCAGUAUUACUACUAAUAUAUUAUAUAAGAGGCUUUAUCUUGAGCUUAAUUGGUCAUAGAGAUGUCUCCUCUCCACAUUCCUAUGACUAUAAAGUUGUGUGUACCCUUGAAGAGAGAUAUCUGUUUAUUUAUGAGAGAACCAUAAAAAUUUCCCUUCAGGGAAGUAUAAUUUCCCGAAAUGUGAGUAACUUGAGCUGGGUUCACACUAUGUAGCUUUUGCUAUAUAACAGAUCUAUUUAUAAAUACAAAUCAGCUAUCUGUUGCUCCGUCAGCUAUAUUAUCACAGAAUUGAUACAGAAUGGAAACUGUCAAUCAAACGCCUAUCAAACCAAUGCUUUUUACAUGGCACACAUACUAGACACGUCACGUGACCUUAGGAAGUUCCAAUCCUGGUCUUCUGAUUGGCUCGCGGCAGUGAACGAGAUCAAUUGAUCCUCCCAUCAAUACUAUUACAAUGCGGAGAACUUCCUAACAAGAUAGCGGAUUAUUGUGCCAGGGUACUAGCCGAGUUUCCAUAUUGUAUGUAUACUGUGAUAUUAUGUCGCUUCGCUAUAUGUUACUCUGCUAUGAGUAAAUUUGACGCUUAUUAUGCGAGCUACAUAAUAUAGCCUGAGAGAAACCAGAGUGUUCAGUUCACAGUCAGAUGAAGAAGGAAGCAUUGAAUUGGAGAACUGAAGAAAGGAAUUGAAAUUUGUAGGCUGUAUUCUCAUAGGCUGCUUUUCGUUGUUAUAUCCAAGUGAACUUGAGUUUUUAUAGUGUCCCUUUCACGAAAAACAUAUUUGAAGUUUUUGUUGGGCUGUGGGGACGAUACAUAUUGGGCCAGCUAGUGGCGGGAGAGCGAUGGGUCUUAUCGUUUUCCAGCGAUGGGAUGGCCUACGGGGAGGCGGUUGCUGGGGAAACUGAUUAUGUGGCCCUGAAAAGGGUCAAGGGAGGUAGUGACAGCUACGUCUAUAGCCGGAGGGAAUGAGGAGGCAGAGGGUGUUUCCAGCCCUUAGGACGUCCUUGGAUCCGGGGUCUGCCCUUCUGGAGAGAUAGCCGAUGAUGAGGGCGGCAGUUCCUUACAGGCAGCAGCUUACAGGGAACAGGCCGCGUCGUCCUCUUCACUGGCUACGGAUCAGGCCGAGUGGGACGCCACUGAAGACGUGUUUGAAAUCGGCCUUCCAAUAGGCUAGGUCGGCCUCUUCCUCCGAUGUCAGCAGGUCCAGCAACUCUCUUCCCUCUCCAACCACAUGUGGGCCGGGUCGUAGCACUACCUCCAUAAACAAAGCCAUAG